UAGAAGAUAUAUUAGAAGAAGUUAAGUUGGGUAUUGAGGUGCAGUGAUAAAUAAUAAUCAGAAACAGAGAGAAGGUCGUUCGUAAAAGUAAAAUGGCAAACAGGUACUGGGUGGUGUCUCUUCCCGUCCAGAACAACAACUCUUCAUCUUCGAUUUGGAACCAAUUGCAGCAAAAUAUCUCCAAGCAUUCCUUCGAUACUCCUCUUUACAGAUUCAACAUUCCCAAUCUCCGCGUCGGAACCCUAGAUUCUCUCCUCUCCCUCAGCGAUGAUCUCACCAAGUCUAACGCUUUCAUGGAAGGAGUUUCCCUCAAGAUCAGGCGCCAGAUUGAAGAACUCGAGAGAGUUUCUGGCGUAAAUACUGCUGGUCUCACCGUCGAUGGAGUUCCUGUUGAUUCCUACUUGACUAGAUUUGUUUGGGAUGAUGCCAAGUACCCGACUAUGUCGCCUUUGAAGGAGAUCGUUGAUGGAAUUCAUGGUCUAGUCGCAAAGAUUGAGGAUGAUCUCAAGGUUCGUGUUUCUGAGUAUAAUAAUAUCCGAAGUCAGCUGAAUUCUAUAAACCGAAAGCAAACUGGAAGCUUAGCCGUUCGUGAUAUUUCUAACUUGGUAAAACCUGAGGACAUUAUAACUUCAGAACACUUAACUACCCUCCUUGCCGUUGUUUCCAAGUAUUCACAGAAGGAAUGGCUCGCAAGCUACGAAACAUUGACUAGCUAUGUGGUCCCAAGGUCUUCUAAGCAGUUGUAUGAGGACAAUGAAUAUGCUCUUUAUACCGUAACACUCUUCAAUCGUGUGGCAGACAAUUUUAGAACUAGUGCAAGGGAAAAAGGGUUUCAAAUUCGCGAUUUUGAAUACAGCCCGGAAACACAUGAGAGCCGAAAGCAGGAAUUGGAUAAAUUGAUGCAAGAUCAGGAAAGUUUGAGGGGUUCUCUGUUGCAAUGGUGCUAUACCAGUUAUGGAGAGGUUUUUAGCUCCUGGAUGCACUUUUGUGCUGUGCGUUUAUUUGCUGAAAGCAUUCUGAGAUAUGGACUGCCACCGUCUUUCUUGGCAUGCGUCUUAGCUCCAUCUGUAAAAGCCGAGAAGAAAGUACGUUCAAUCCUUGAAGGGUUGAGUGAUAGCUCAAACAGUGCGUACUGGAAAACCGACGAGGACUUGGGUGGUGGAAUGGCUGGCCUAGCAGGUGAUGCAGAUACUCACCCAUAUGUUUCCUUCACUAUCAAUCUUCUUUGAGCGCUACUGGAAACAAGCCCUAUCUUUUAAUUUAGAUCCGCUAAAGGUUCUCUUGGACAACAUUAAUGCCAAAGCCAGACAGGAUUUGAAGAUUUUGUACAUUGCUAUCAUGUUUCAUUCUUUGUUAUUAUUUAUAUAUAAUUAGAGCAAUUGAAGUUUCAAGUUUCAACAGGGUCCGAUUAAUUUUGAGGGCAGAGUCCAAUGCCUGGUAUUAAUUGGCCACUUGUAUUGUUUCAUGUAACUUUUCGUGUUUGCGACUAUGGGACUCAGAACUAAUGCACUCUUAAGCUCAUUUCUUCAGAGAAUAAUACAUCUCAUGUGUGAGGACACUUAUGGCACGCCAUAAGUACAAAAAUAAAUGUCACUUGUACGCCUUAAACUUGUAUUUUUUGUGUGGGAUACUUAUGUUACACCACUUUUUAUAUUGAUGUGAUCAUAACAGUCAAAUUUAUUUAUGCUAUUCAAUAAACUUAUUGGUUAAAAUUAGGGGUA